UCACUGUAUUGGUGUCACUGGGGAUGUCAGUGACCACAAGUCAGUUCCCCCCCCAGUGUCAGAAUGUCCGUCACAGUCCCUCAGUCCCGCCAUAAGUCGCUGAUCGCCGCCAUAAGUCACUGUUCGCCGCCAUAAGUCGCUGAUCGCCGCCAUUAUUAGUUGAGCACUGCAUUGGUGUCACUGGGGAUGUCAGUGAGACCACAUCAGUUCCCUCCAGUGUCAGAAUGCCCGCCGCAGUCCUCCUAUAAGUCGCUGAUCUCCACCAUUACUAUUACAAGAAAAACAAAUUCCAGUAUAUAUACCAUAUACUGGAUUUUUUGUAAAUGCUAUAACUUUCAUGUAAACCAAUUAAUUUACACGUAUUGG